UUCAGAUGCUUUCUUCUAAAACCCAAUUCGCUUCGCUCUCUCUCUCCGAUCACCACCACCAUUUUGAUCUAACGGUCUCAUUCUCUUCAUACUCUAACGAAACCGAAGAAUAUAAAAAAAACAGAGUCGCAUAACGAAUCUGACGGAGAGAAGCUUCUCGAGUUUUUUUUUUUGUUUGGGGGAAAAAGGGUUCAUUUUUUUUGUUUGGGAGGGGGAAAUCUUCGCUCUCUCGAUCUAUGACGUACAGCAAUGGCGUCGAUGCGACGGUGCCUGAGCUGAAAUUGAGAGUCGAAGAUUCCGAAAACGGUGAUUAUGUUAAAUUGAGAGGAGGAUCUGAUGAAGAAGAAGGAUCAUCGUCGGAAUCAGAAUCGUCAUCUGGUUGUUCGAUUGGAUCCGUUACUUCUGUUUGGUUCUGGGUGAAAUUGAUCUCCUUGGUCGCUUUUUUGGGUUCUUUGGCUUUUGUUAUUAUCAAAUGGAUUGGUCCCUUUUUAAUCGAAAAGGAACUGAUUCCGUUUAUAAAAUGGGUGAGAGGAACUUUCAGCAUCCCGGUUCUUGGUCUUCUACUCUUUGCCUCGGUAGCAUUGUUCCCAAGCAUUCUUCUUCCCUCUUCUCCUUCCAUGUGGAUGGCAGGACUUACGUUUGGUUACGGAAAGGGGUUUCUUUUGAUUUUGUCAGCAGCAUCAAUUGGUGUUACUCUUCCUUUCUUAAUCGGACAUCUCUUUCUCCACAAGAUGCAAGAAUGGUUGAAGCAAUACCCGAAAAAAGCAGCCAUACUUAGAGCUGCCGGUGAAGGAACAUGGUUUCAUCAGUUUCAAGCAGUCACUCUAAUCCGUGUCUCUCCAUUCCCUUACAUGAUCUACAACUACUGCGCAUUAGCGACUGGAGUUCACUACGGUCCUUACAUCUUAGGCUCUCUUGUUGGAAUGGUUCCUGAGAUCUUUGUCUCAAUUUACACGGGAAUAAUGCUAAGAACACUAGCAGUUGCAUCGGAUGAGAGACACAUGCUUUCGGUUGUGGAGAUAGUCGUGAAUGUUCUCGGCUUCUGUGUAACUGCAAGCGCUACUAUAGUCUGCACAAUCUAUGCAAAGAAGAAGCUAAGUGCAAUGCAAUUAGAAGAAGUGGAGACACUACAAAAUCCAAUACUCUAACUCUUUCCACCAUUAAGCGCUUCGUUACCGCAACAUAUCAUCUAACACGAUCUUGAAAUUGAUAAUAUAUAUGUUUUGUUUUUCUUGUUA